CUCAAUGUUCCUCCAUUUUGCUCAAUGACAAGACUCAUGGAAAAUGGGCAAUCAAUUUCUUUUGUUUGGCUUGCUUCUACAGUGAAUCAGUGGUGAAUCCCAAAUGUUUCCCUGAAAUGCGGGAAAGCAAGAGAAAAUAAAACAAAUCAAAGCAGAUAAAGAAACCCAAAAGAAAACAAAAAAAAGAAGACACUAAACCAAGUGAUUCCUGCAAAGUUUAUCAGAAAAUGAAGAAACAUGGAUGGCAGCUUCCUUACCAUCCCCUCCAGGUGGUAGCAGUUGCUGUGUUUCUGGCAUUGGGGUUUGCUUUCUAUGUAUUUUUUGCUCCUUUUGUUGGGAACAAUUUGUUGCAGUAUAUUGCAAUCGGGCUCUACACUCCUCUUAUUACAUGUGCCUUCAGCCUAUAUAUUUGGUGUGCGGCAGCUGAUCCUGCUGACCCAGGGGUCUUCAAGUCUAAAAAAUAUCUUAAGAUUCCAGACAGCAAAAAUCACGUGAGAUUCAAGGAAUCUAAAUUGGGCGGGGAAUCAACUUCGUCAAUACAGGACGCAAAUGCUGCAACAAUUGGGGGCAAACCUCUGGAUAAAGGUGUGAAGGAUACGGAUACAGCAGGAGAAGAUUACACUGCUGAAAUUGAGAAUAAGAAUGCAUCGCCUUGCCAUUCAUUUUGUUUUACGGCUCUGAUGGCUUUCAUUCCUUGUGCUUCUCUUUGCAUCUGCUCAAAUCAACAUGAAGAAUCUUGUGAACAGCAACUGAGUGAAGAUGGCAUGUUUUACUGUAGUUUGUGUGAAGUAGAGGUUUUCAAGUACAGCAAGCAUUGUAGAGUUUGUGACAAAUGUGUUGACCGUUUUGAUCAUCACUGCAGGUGGCUCAACAAUUGUAUAGGCAAAAGGAACUACCGGCAGUUUUUCACCCUCAUGGUCUCUUCCCUUCUCUUGCUUGUACUUCAAUGGUCAACUGGAAUCCUUGUGAUAAUCUGCUGUUUUCUUGAGCGCAAGAGGUACUCUGUAGACAUUGCCUCCAAGUUGGGAAGCAGUUUCACUUUGGUGCCCUUUACUAUCGUGGUGGCAAUGUGCACCAUCUUGGCUAUGAUUGCCACGCUACCGCUAGCUCAGCUUUUUUUCUUUCACGUUCUUCUCAUAAAAAAGGGGAUUAGCACAUAUGAUUACAUCAUAGCUUUGAGAGAGCAAGAGCAAGGAAUUGGAGGCCAGCAAAGUCCCCAAAUGUCGCCUGUCAGCUCCCUCACUGGGUUGAGCAGUGCAAGUUCCGUCAAUGCUUUCCACCGAGGCGCAUGGUGUACUCCUCCACGGCUGUUUCUUGAAGAUCAGUUUGAUGUGAUUCCUCCAGAUUCUGGAUCGGUUAGUUCAUUAGGCAAAAAGACGGUGACUGAGGAGCCAAUCAAGAAAAAGAACCCUACAGCUGUAAAGAUCAGUCCGUGGACUCUAGCACGCUUAAACGCAGAACAGGUUUCAAAAGCUGCUGCAGAGGCAAGGAAAAAGUCCAAAAUCUUGCAACCUGUGGUGAGAAGCGAAACCCCAUUUGGUCUCGAAACAAAUGGCAGCUUUGGCAGUAGCAGCAGCCGACGAAUGGUCCCAAAGCCUGACAACAAUAGUCGGAGGCGCCCUAGUAAGCGAAUUCGCCUCCCAGCAGACCUAACAAAUGUUUCAGCUAAAAAUGAUCUCAUCCCUGAGACAUCAACAAGUUUGGCUCCACUACAGCUUGAAGCCCGGAGCGCUUUCCGAACAAGUCUGGCUAUGUCGGGCUCAAUGGCCAUUGUUGGUUCCUCUCCAGAGAGCAGUUUGGAUUCCCCUGAUCUCCGCCACCCAUUCCGGGCCACCCCAUCAGGCCCAGAAGAGGCACGGCGGCUCACAGGUCUAUCAACUGCUCAGAAGGCAAUCCCACUGUCAAGGUCAACUAGCGAUGGUUAUGAAGCGUCUGGUGGGGAAGAUAGUGACCGUGUUCCUUCACGGGCUGUGCAGAGGUCAACGGAUUGGAGUAACCUUCUCUUCAGCUCUGACUGGGACGCAAACGUGGUUAGAUUGAAGGCGCCAGCUUCCUCUAACAAUAGAAAUAUUUGAAACAACUAAAGAUUUAUGAAAUUUGGAUUGCGUUGAUUCCAUCAUGGGGGGGGUAGAGGUAGGUUCUUUAAGAUUUUUUCAUUUGUUGGCCAAGGUUGUUUCAGGAGGUAUCGGUGGUCUGAUUCGUUGGCUAUUGUCUUUGAGAUGUCGAAUCAAGGUUGCUUGAAGAAGGGCUGUGAAGUUUAAUGAAAACAUCAUGAUUUUGUGCUUUUGGGUUUGAGCGUUUGAUUGCAGCCUCUGUUCAGCUUCUCAUUAAGCAAUCUUCAUUGUCCUCUCAGUGCAGGUUUCAUUGGAAGUGUUUAUCUUUUCUGAAGAGUCCUACGGAGAUGUCUUUGUAAUUGUUCUCUUCAGGAUCUGUGCUUCUGACAAUUAUUCUUCCUAAGUGUAAUUUUGUAACUAUCAAUCAACCUUUGUUAGUGUAGAAAGCAAUAGGCUUUUGCAAUGUUUAAUCUGUCCAUUACCUUUA